AUGUCUCAACCAGCCUCCCCAUAUCCUACGCAAUCCUCCUUCUACUCAACACCUCCAAUUAUGAACCCAUCUAUCAAUCCUGACACACCACCUCCUCCACCCCCAAAACCGAGUAGCCAUGAAGCCAGCCGAAGAGGCACCCCGCAGGGCACGACCUCCAUGCCAACUCCACAGCAGCCACAACCUGGUUACCGACCGGAUGCCCAUUCAUCAAGCCUCCAACAAGCACAAUAUCAAGUGAAUUCGCCACCAGCAUCCCUCCCGGCACCUCCCACAGUCGAAGAGGGCUGGCUACCAGACAUCGUGAAGGACAAAUCAACAACCGACCUACAGUCAAUCCUCCAAAACCCAUCCCUCAUCUCCGCCCUCUCCGCCCAACAUCCAUCCCACACAUCCCGCCAAGUAAACCUCGAAUCCCUCCUCCAAGUAAACAAAGACCUAGCAACCCGCCUCCUCGAGCUCCAAAACCACGUCUCCGACCUCCGCAACCAAACAGAGACAAUGCUCCUCACGCAUCAAUCGCUAGAGGUCACCUGGCGUAAGAAGCAGACUGAGAUGGAUGCGGCGCUGGCGCCGUGGUCGCCUAAGGCGUUGUAUCAACGGCUUAGCGCGGCGAUCGCGGAGCAGGAGGCGGUUUGUCAGGCCGUAGAGGAGAGUUUCUUGGAUGAGGAUCAUCAUGGACGGGCGACGGAGAAGGAGAUUACGGAUUGGGUGAGGAGGGUUAGGGCGGAGGCGUCGAAGUUGGCGGCACGGAAGGAGGCCAAGGCAAGGUGGGAUGAGGGGAGGGUUGGAGGUUGGCGGUGA